CGGAGGCAGGGACGCGUGCGGGUCGCUGAGGUUGGGGUCUCUGGGUCUCAGGGUUGCGGCCGCCGUCGCCAUGGUUUCGCGCGUGCAGCUCCCCCCGGAGAUCCAGCUGGCGCAGCGCCUGGCGGGGAACGAGCAGGUGACCCGGGACCGGGCGGUGAGGAAGCUCCGGAAGUACAUCGUGGCCCGGACUCAGCGUGCCGCAGGUGGUUUCAGUCAUGACGAGUUGCUGAAGGUGUGGAAAGGACUGUUCUAUUGCAUGUGGAUGCAGGACAAGCCGCUCCUGCAGGAAGAACUAGGAAGGACUAUUUCCCAGCUCGUCCAUGCGUUUCAGACCACAGAGGCACAGCACCUGUUCCUUCGGACGUUCUGGCAAACCGUGAAUCGUGAGUGGACGGGCAUAGACAGGCUGCGCCUGGACAAGUUCUACUUGCUCAUGCGGAUGGUCCUGAGCGAGUCCUUCAAGGCCGUGAGAGCGCGAGGAUGGGAGGACAGACAGAUCGAGCAGCUGCUGGAGCUGCUGACGACCGAGAUCCUGCACCCCAACAGCCAGGCCCCUCACGGGGUGAAGAGCCACUUCAUCGAGAUCUUUCUGGAGGAGCUGACCAAAGUGGGCGCCGAGGAGCUUACCGCAGACCAGAAUCUCAAGUUCAUCGACCCCUUCUGCAGAGUCGCUGCCCGCACCAAGGACUCCCUGGUUUUGCAUAACAUCACUCGAGGCAUCUUCGAGACCAUCGUGGAGCAGGCCCCGUUUGCCAUUGAGGACCUGAUGAAGGAACUGGACGCACAAAGCAAGGAGGAAGAGGAGGAGGCGUCGGAUGGUGACGAGUCCUCGGAGGGCAGUGCGGACACACGAGACCUGCCGUCCCGGGAGAGGUCUGAGAAGCUGCCUGCAGGCUCCAUCCGCGGAGCUGAGCCUGAGGUGGGCCAGGAGCCGUGGGGAGACGACAGGGACGGCCCCGUCCUCCAGUUCGACUAUGAGGCGCUCGCGAACAGACUGUUCCAAGUGGCCAGCCGACGGAGCACCCCUUCUCAGAACAGGAAGCGCCUCUACAAGGUGAUCCGAAAGUUGCAGGACCUGGCAGGAGGCGUCUUCCCCGAGGACGAGCUCCCAGAGAAGGCCUGCAGGAGUCUGCUUGAGGGGAGGCGGAAGAGGAAGACGAAGAAGCGUUUGCCUAAAGCACGGUUGCAGCGCAAGGGAGGGAAAGGUGACCAGGAGGACUCGAGCCCAGACCCGAGCUCGGGAGUCGAGCGGGCCCCGCCCCGAGAGCAGCCCCGGGGCCGCAGCCGUGGAGGCGCUAGCAAGAGGAAGAGGACACCUCGGCAGCCAUCCGGUACCCGAGCAGAGGGGGCCAAGGUCCAGGAGCCAGAGAGGAAAAGGAAACGGAUCCUGGGGAGCAGGAAGUGACACGGGCGGCCCAGGACGGGCGCGGUGUUGGGCGAGGGCGGGGAGACCGGGCCUGACGCCUGGACUCCAGGCCCAGCGGCUCCUCAGCUCACCCUGCGGGAAGGCGAGGCCCUGGGAGGCGGAUGCUGCGCUCAGUGCCAGUGUCCCAGGAAACGCUCCUUUCUCCAAAGAGCCGCUGCCUGCCACUGGGGUGAGCCCAGGUGAGGAGGGCGAACUCUGGAGACUCACACUGCACCUGUGUCAGGGCCUGGCCACCUACGCUUGCAGCAGCCGUGAAAUAAAA